GUUGAUUUGAGGGAAAAAAAAAGGAGAGAGAGAACAGUAAGAAACGCAGAGGGAGAGAGAUCAGAGUUGUUUAUGCUGAGAGGGUUCUUCCCCACCUAAGAUCCGUUUCCCAUCUCAUUCUUUUCAGAAAAAACCCUAACUCCUAUUUGUUUUCAAUUUCCCACUUUCCCUUUUCUGUCUUGCAAUUAUCGAAUUGUUUUAUUUUUUUACUUUUCUCUUGCUUCUUCACUCAUCAAUCUCUUUUUCACUCCCAAAAUAAAAAAAACAAAACAAAACUAGAAACCCUAAUCAUCAAUCAAUGGUUACCACUGCCAAAUCUGCCGAUGCCAACAGCUUCCCGCGAAAAAACCUUCCCUCGCCCUGGGCUCAAGUUGUUCGCGGCGGAGAACCGGAAUCGGGGCCUGGCAUUCACCCAUCACCACCAUCAACGUCAUCCUCUUCCUCAUCACUGAUUACGGACCAGACGCCCUCGUCUGAUUCUCCCAAGCUCAUUCCGUCGUCGCCGCCGCCGAUGGACAAUUCUAACACGGUUGCUGUUGCCGAUAGCUCUGAUGGCGCCGAGGACAAUGCUGAUCGUUCUAAGAAACCCGUUUGGAAUAGGCCCUCAAACGGCGUCGUCCUUGAGACUGGGCCCGUAAUGGGAGCUGAAUCGUGGCCCGCGUUGUCUGCAUCCACCAAAGGUUCUGCCAAAUUGCAACCUGAAUCGUCGUCUAAAAUCGUUGCUGAUGGAUCACUCUCAACUUCUCAGGCGCCAAUGACUUCACAGGCUCCUCAGAAGCAAUCUAAUACUAAUGCGAAAACUAAUCCUGCAACAAAUUACAAUGUGCCUGCUAGACAAAGAUCGAUGAAGCGGGUAGGUGGCAGUGGCAUUGUGUCAGGUCCUUCCCAGAGCAACUUCUCCAAUCCUCCGCCACCCCCGCCACCGCCACCUUUUCCUGUAUACCAUCUCCCACCAGUUAGCUAUGGUAUGGUAACAGUGGUACCUGAGCCUGCUCCAAGAGAUCAUUACCGGAACAGUAAUUGGGACCCAAGACCAAUGGUGGGGGGUUUUGUGCCUGGGAUGAAUGAAUAUCGUGGUUCAUCUCACAGGAGUUAUUUUGGGCAUAAUCCCCGAGGAGAUGGUUCCUAUCAUAAUAGCUACGGUAGCAGGCAUGAUCAAGAUCGCCGAAAUUAUGGGAAUACUAGAGACACUUUUGUACCUCAACCAAGGAUGCCUCCAAGAGGAUUACUGAGGCACCCACCUCCUAGCUCUGCUGCUUUUGUGGGCCCUCAGCCCAUUGGACCAUUUGCUAACCCCAUGGGUUUUUCUGAGUUUUAUUACUAUCAGCCAGUAACAAUGGACCAGUUUACUGGUAUGCCUUAUUUCACGCCCAGCCCUCCUCCUACAACAUUCUUUUCUGCUGCUGACUCUGCUCUCUCCAAUAUGAUAGUCCGCCAAAUUGAAUAUUACUUUAGUGACGCUAAUUUAGUGAGAGAUGGGUUUUUAAGGUCUAAAAUGGAUGAACAGGGUUGGGUUCCUGUUACUUUGAUUGCUGACUUCCCUCGAGUAAGAAGUCUUACGACCAACGUUCAGUUGAUCUUGGAUUCUAUGAGAACUUCAACAAUUGUGGAAGUGCGGGGUGAUAAGUUAAGAAGACAUAAUGAGUGGAUGAGAUGGGUGUCCUCUGCUAAAACACGGUCUGGAUCUACUUCUACUUCAUCCUCUCCCCGUGGGUCAAGAUACAAUAACUUGACAACUAAUUUUCAAGCUAUAACCUUGGAAGAAACCACCGUCCUCUAGUCUGCUCAACUCCCCAAUGAACGUGGUCUUAGGUUAUUUUAUAUUUUUUUUGGAAGUGAUGGGAGUAGAGACUGUGGUGGUCUCGAUUUUGAUAGUGAUUUUGAGUGAAGUAGUUGAAGGAAAUAAGAGUCAUUCACAUUCCUUAUGGUAAAAGAGGAAAAAAAGAGGAAAAAAGAGGAGAAAAACUAAUUGAAAAAUAAAAGAGAAAAAUUAAUUAGAAAAAAAAACUUUAAAAUUUUGAUUGAGGCUGAUUUAUGGAGUAUAUUGGUUUGUAUAGCUUAUAUUGAUUUGAUGAAUACUUCCAUUUUUUGAAUGAUUUAUGUUAGAUGAUGUAAAUAAUGUCUCUUGUGUGUAGUGUUUUAUUUAUGGGUUAUAAGACAUUGCAGAUAGUAAUAAAGAAGUAGUAUUAAUGA